CUUCCGUCCAUUGGGAUGCAGUGGAAUCGACUCCACGGCAGUCAUAGCCCUGGGGGGGGGGCGGGGGCGGGGAGCAAGCUCAGGACCCCGAGCUGCUGGCCGCAAACCUUUGGCGCCAAACUGGCAGCUGGAGACAGUGGGUGGAGAGAGAUCACAGGGCCUAGGACAAGGAAGGCAAAUAGGGACCCGCAGCCUGCGAUUGGUGGCCCCUCACCCAGUGCUGCUGAGAAGGUGAGCUCCCUGGGCAAGGACUGGCACAAGUUCUGUCUCAAGUGUGAGCGCUGUAACAAGACGCUGACCCCCGGGGGCCACGCUGAGCAUGAUGGGAAGCCUUUCUGCCACAAGCCCUGCUAUGCCACGUUGUUUGGACCCAAAGGCGUGAACAUAGGGGGCGCUGGCUCCUACAUCUAUGAGAAGCCUCUGACUGAGGGCCCUCAGGUCACCGGCCCCAUCGAGGUCCCUGUGGCGCGAACCGAGGAGCAGCGGAAGGCCAGCGGACCCCCCAAGGGUCCCAGCAAAGCCUCUAGUGUCACCACGUUCACUGGGGAGCCCAACAUGUGUCCUCGAUGCAACAAGAGGGUGUACUUCGCUGAGAAGGUGACCUCUCUGGGCAAGGACUGGCACCGGCCCUGCCUGCGCUGUGAGCGCUGCUCCAAGACGCUGACCCCGGGCGGGCACGCCGAGCAUGACGGCCAGCCCUACUGCCACAAGCCCUGCUAUGGAAUUCUCUUUGGACCCAAGGGAGUGAAUACCGGUGCUGUGGGCAGCUACAUCUAUGACAAGGACCCUGAAGGCACAGUUCAGCCUUAGGUCUGCAGAUGCCUGUCCUCAGGGUCCCCUGCUUGACCCUGAGGGAGAUGACCUGCUGCCUAGCCCUGCCUGCAAACCCCGGGGCCUGAGUGCCUGAGGAGGAAGCCUGCUGGGUAGUGUCCAGAACAGCCCGUGAUUUCAACCCUUUUUUUUUUUGUCACUUCGGCAUGUUCUGUGACACCCACUGCCCUCUCUGUCCCUGUGUCCCCAUGUCCCCCGGGAGCUCUCCGAGGUGGCUGUCCUAUGAUAUCCCUGAUGCCCACCAGUAUUAUUUAUGCUCUGCUUGCCGGUGAUGGCCGUGAGCUCACAGCAUUCCCGGGGUGGCAGCACCCUUGCAAGGAGCCCUUUGCUGGUUCCCGCACUACUCCCUACCCGCCCCUCACCUGGUUCACAGCUACGGAGACUUUUGCUGUCAAUAAAUGGUUUGAGGAUUGCAA